AAUCAUUCUUUGAUCAUACAAUGGUAUGUUGUAUCUAUCACAUGUAUGAUACAAUUGAUGAACAAUAGACAUAUAUAACAUGUCAUAGAUACAACUUUUGAAUAGUACCAAUUAGUUUAUGAUUAUUUCAGUACAAAGAAGUUAACUUCAUGGCAAGAUUUCAUAAGAACUUAUAAAAACUUAAUGUGAAUAUGAAAACUUGACGUUCGCGACGUUCGCCAUAAUUUUUAUUUACUAAUUUUACAAACUUGACGCGGGCGAAAUCCUAAAGAGGACAGCGCCAAUAAGCAAAAGAGAAUUAAAAUAAGUAGUUUUGAAAAUAUCGUUGUUUUCGUAUUUAAUAAUAUUGAUUUUGACUGUACUAUGUGUUAUUGUACUCGCUAUUGCGCUAUAACGAGUUAUUAUUCUUUAUAGGGCAACACUAUGUAUCAAUUGUCAAAACAAAGCGAAUGACGGUGAAUUAGAUGUAUAAAGAUAAAAAUAAAUAUUAAAAAAAGUGUAAUUUCACACAAAAAUGGUUGGAUUAAACGCUGAUGGGCCUGCCCGUGAUAAGGUUUUAAAAUUGAUGGAAGAAAAAGAUCGUAUAGAGAGCGCCAUUCGGGAACAAACUGUAGUCCUUGAGAGUAACAAUAUUGGGAUGCAGGAGUCCCUGGUUGAUGAACAAGGAUUCCCGCGCAAUGAUAUUGAUGUGUAUAAGGUGCGGCAUGCUCGACAUCUGAUUAUUUGUCUCCAAAAUGAUCACAAAGCAAUAAUGAAACGCAUCGAACAAGGCCUGGCCGAAGUGCAUUCACAACUACUUCCGAACCAGGCUCCUGUCACCACAGCAGCACCAUCAUUUACCAACGGUCAUAUGUCCAAUGGUGAUGGAGCUCAUAAUGAUAAUGCUUUAAGCUACGGGGAGAACGACCAAGGCUUUGCUAUGAUUACUUUUGUUCAUAAUGGAUCACCUGCAGAUUUGGCGGGUCUCUGUGAACAAGAUGAAAUCCUUCAAUUUGGCUCAGUCAACACUCACAAUUUCAAUGAAAUUACACAAGUCCACGAUAUAGUCGCUCACUCGAUUGGACAAAACAUCAGAGUGCUUGUUCGUAGAAACCAACACAUACUAAAUCUCACCGUUUCCCCUCGACCUUGGGCGCAACCAGGUUUACUUGGCUGUCAAAUAGUCAGAAAACAGUAAUUGCCAAUACUACACUGUUAGGCCCGGCGCCCAUUGGCGGGACAAAAAUGUUUGAACUUUCUAAUUACCGUAUCCAUGGCUACGGUAAUUAGAUCUAAUUAUAGUUUCCAUGAAAUAUUUGUUUCUUAAUAACUCGAAAACUACUUCGAAUAUUCUAAUGCCAUUUAGACAUAUUGAUAGUUAAGCUUAAAGUUGUUCAUAUUUGAAUGUUAUUGGGUAUAUUAGGCGAGAAAAAAUAAUGACUACGGUAAUUAGGCUGAGGACACCGAAAUGGCUACGGGAAUUAGGCCGAAAAAACCGAAUGUGAGAAUGGCCACUAACCAUAAAACAUAAUUAUGUCCUUCAAAUUUAAUUUCCUCUAAAAAAAAUGUCCUCUCUGAAAUAUUUUCAGAAAAUUAUUCAACAGUAUAGCUUAACGUAGCUUUGUUUUCGUAGCUACGAUCAUUGUCAUCGAAAUUUGGUAUUCAGUAUUUUUUUAUUAGCAGUCAUGUAAAGCACAUUAUAAAAUUUACAAUGCAUGUACCCUAUAAGGGUGUAGCUAAAAAUUAAACAGGAAAUAAACGAAGUAAUAAACAAAAAUAAAAAUUUUAAAUUACACAACAAAAUUAUUAAAUUGUUUUAAAUAAUAAAAUAUCUUAAUAAAUCAAACUCUCAAUAAAACAAUGAACUUGUAUACUAAUUAUAAUUACUAACGACGAAUUAAUUGGAUAUUAUAUCUCUUGAGGACCUUAGGAGGGACCUCAAUUUAUUAGAAAAGACUUCCAUUUUUCUCAAGUGUUAUAUAGCAUGGGAUCUUGUUAUAUAUAACUAAUGACCUGUUACUGCUAUUU